GUUACAUUGUCACGUGUGAACGCGUUGUGGAGAUGCUUCUUGGGCUAUUCCCUAUAUAGACUAGCGCGAUCUCCGGACUCGAUCUGACUGUGCGUGAUAUCUGAAACCGGCAGGCGGUGAGUCUGGUUACCGGGAAACGGGCUGCGUAAACAAAAGGCCGUUGGCGUUGGCCCAGCCUCCCGAUAUAGUUCUUCUGCUCGUUGUAUGGAGACAGAUGGCCCAGCCACCCAACUAUCAUCACCAUCCCACUUUUCAUCCAGAGGUGGUGACGCUCGCUCGCUUUGCAAAUUCGGUGGCAGGAAGCCGCAUAUUGCCUUUAGGCUGCAAGAGUGGAUUUGGUCCAGAUACGAUCUCUCACUUUCCCCUUCUCUCCCUCUCUCUCUACCUUCUCCAUCCCAUUAUACCCCUCUUGACAAUUCCCCAUUCUCGCUCGCUAUCACCACCCCUGGUUCCCAAUCCUGGGGUUGUGGGCGACAGAUUUAGAAAUUUUUCUUUUUUUUUAACCUCUGACAAACUUGGUGCAUUCUCAGGUUUUCCGUCCCGUCUCAUAGCUGGCGUACAUUCCUUCCAUCGUUAUUCUCGACACUUGACCCUCGCAUUCCAAACACACGAUUGCUGCAUUCUUUUGCGUGGACCGACAAGUUUGAUCCGUCUGGCUACUAGCACUCGGUAGUUGCCAUCUGAGGUUGACGUGGGCUGGACUUGUUUACCCCAGUCGCAACGCAGUGGGCAUAUAUAGGUGCUAGACAAGGCGCGCAAGGCGACAGCUACUCCUUCUCGGAGGUCCGAGAAGUGAGUGCACUAUUUGAAGUGAAGGAU